UGUCAGGUAUCAGGAUCAUCAUGUCCAUCACUGUGACUCUGAAGAGGAUCUCCAACCUGCCGGGACGAUCUGACAGAAAGGUCGAACUCAGCUUCAGAGGUUUCAUCCAUAAAACCAGAGUCCUGCAGUGUGAGAACUUGGCUAUCUUCAACGAGCAUUUCCGCUGGCCUCACUAUGGUAAAGUGAUCAAAGAAGAAGUUUUGUCCGUCAGUGUUUACAACUGCAGUAAAUUCUUCUCCAACAGACUGCUUGGUAGGCUGGUUGUCAGUCUCCAGCAUGUUGUUACCGCCGGGAGACUGUUGCUACGGGAACCACUCGCUGAUGCUAACUACAGCCUGACUGAUAUCUAUAUAGAGUUGGACAUUCGGUAUCAUCCAGUUGAGGGAACAGCAGGAAGCUGGGAGGGGCUCGACUUCCUAAGAGUCGAAGACGAGGAUGAAUCAGAUCUGGUCAUCAGGAACGAAGGAUUUAAUGACCCUGAAAGUCAGCAGACUGCCGCUCGCUCAGGUCAGCUGGAUAAAGAGGCUCGGCGUCUGGGGCGGAGCCUGGUCCGGACUGGGGAUGACGACGACGACGACGAUUAUGAUGAUUAUGAUGAUGAGCAGAUGGACGUAGAGACUUCCAACAUCAUCUUCACUCCUCUGCUGAGUCGUUGCAGGCCAAUGUCCAGAAGUGUUGCUGCGGCGACAACCAGAGUCCAGAGCUUCCAGGUGAAUGUGAACAUCCUGGAGGCUCAGAAGCUGGUUGGAGUGAACAUCAGCCCUGCAGUUUUCAUCAAAGUGGGAAAUCAGAAAAAACACACAGCAACACAGAAAUCCACCAACUGCCCCUUCUACAAUGAGAAUUUCCAGUUUGAGUUUCAGGACUAUCCACAGAUCCUCUUUGAUAAAGUCAUAGAGAUAAAGGUGUUCCACAGACGGACUCUGGCCUUCCUCAUGACCCACAUAGGAACCUUUAAGAUUGACAUCGCUACUGUGUACAACCAGCCAGACCACCGCUUCUACCAGAAGUGGGCUCCUCUCACCGACCCAGCAGACACCAGGUCAGGGGUCAAGGGUUACGUCAAGGCCAGUCUCAAUGUGCUGAUGAAGGGAGACGCUCUGAGCAUGCCAAGUCUGCCACCAACCUCCUCGUCUGGAGCCAGUGAGGAUAUAGAAAAAAACCUGCUGCUUCCUCGUGGUAUGACUUCUGAGCGUCCUUGGGCUCGGUUCCGAGUCCGGAUCUACAAGGCUGAGGGCCUGCCCACCAUGGGGUCGGGGCUAAUGGCAAAGAUGUCAAAGGUCACUGACCGGGUGGUCUUCAUCGAUCCCUACGUACAGGUGACCUUCGCUGGUCAACAGGGGGAGACGUCGGUCGCUAGUGCCACCAGCUGUCCAGUUUGGAAUGAGGAGAUCUCUUUCAUUGAGCAGUUUCCUCCUCUGUCUCAAAGAAUCAGAGUGCAGAUUCUUGAUGACGCCAAGAUGGGAGACAUCGCCCUGGCAACACACUUCCUGGACCUGCAGCAGAUUUCUGAUCCCACCAGGAACGGCUUUAACCCCACCUUUGGACCAUGUUGGGUUAACCUAUACGGUUCUCCUCAAAACUCCACCCUUGGAGAUGUUCACCAGGCUUUGAACGCGGGUCUGGGUGAAGGAAUCUUUUACCGUGGUCGAAUCCUCCUCGCUCUCUGUGUGGAGGUUUACUCCUCCUCAUCCGCUGCCACCACAGAUACAAGCUCAGUCACCUUGGGAAAGGCAAAAGGAGCACUGGGGAAGCUAGGAAUGAGGAGGAAGAGCAAGAUGACGGAGAAGAAGGAAGCGUCUCAAACUGCCAGCGGAUUAGUCAACGACACAGGAGAGACGGGAGUUGAGGUACCAGAGGCUGUUACUGUGGAGGUUGAGGAGACCCACCCACUCCCUGAGGGUUUCCUGGGAGAGAGGGAGGAGUUUCUGUUGUUCGCUUCUCUGUUUGAAGUCACUAUGCUGGACCCGUCUGUAGGAACCAGACCGUUGACCUUUGAACUCUCCAUAGGGAAUUAUGGGAAGGCAGUUGGGGUAGGGAGAUCCAAGAAGAGCCAGAGCAGAGAGGAGCUGAGGAGGAGCAGGGAGGAUCUAAAUGAGGAGGUACAGGGUCUGCUGGAGUCAGAGGAGGAACUGGACAGAGACGAGGUGCUGAGUCCCGAACCUGAGAACAGAUCUGUGUCUGCUGCCAUGAGACCCCAGCCCACCGAGUACGACAGGUCGUUCCAGUGUAUUCCUCUCCACUCCCCCUUUAUGAAAAAGAAGCCUUGUCUGUUUGUCUGGACACAGUUUGAAGACCACAGCUUCCGUCUCUAUCAGGCUAACUGGCUCAGCAAGAUGGCCGACAGGCUGGAGAUUGGUCUUGAUGAGGUGGAACGUCUCCUAAGGAGGCCAAGGAGUAACGCAAAGGAGCGUUUGUUGGAGGUGCUGCUGGAGCUGGUGGCCUCCUGCAAACAGUUUAGUGCUUUCUCAGACAGGAGGUCUCAGUCUCGUCCUAACAACCUGGACAGACGCAGGAAGGAGUUUAUCAAGAAGAAUUUGGUCUUGCUGGCCAGACAGGCAGUGAGGGCCAGGCGGAGGGUCACCAGGCGGACGGCCAAACAGCGUUUGAUAGAUAUGAGGAAACUUCUUAAGAAACUCCGCAUGCUGGCUAAAGAGCCCCAGACUACCAUUCCAGAUGUGUUUCUUUGGUUACUGAGUGGAAGCAAGCGAUUGGCUUAUGUCAGGAUUCCUGCCUACUCCAUCCUCUUCUCACUAGUGGAGGAGCAGAGGGGACGGGACAGUGGCCGAGUCACCACCCUCUACAUGAAGUCUCCAGGAGGUUCAACAAGUGAGAUCUUUGCGAAGCUGGAGGUGUACCUGUGGCUCGGUCUGGCCAAGUACAGUAAAGAGGCCAUCACCGGCUUGCCGGAGGAGUUUCUGCCACUUUAUGAAGAGGAGGAGGAGGAGGAGGAGGAGGAAGAGGAGGAGGAACAGAGGAGGCCGCUCCCAGUGGGGAUGAGGAAACUUCCCCUCAGUCUGUCCUGCCAGGACAGCAGAUACUUCCAGCUAAGAUGUCACCUGUACCAGGGGCGUGGCCUGAUGGCUGCUGAAGAUAAUGGCCUAUCAGAUCCGUUCGCCAAGGUCCUCUUCUCAACACAGUGCCAGGUCACCAGGGUGUUGUCUGACACUCUCUCUCCAGCCUGGUGUGAGAGUUUGUUGUUUGAUAGAGUUCUGCUGGAGGGAACGAGGGAGGAGCUCCAACAAGACCCGCCCCUCAUCAUCAUCAACUUCUACAACUACGAUGCCAUGGGCAGUCCGAAACCUCUGGGUCGGGCCUUUGCCGAGCCUGAGAUUAAAAUUGUGGAGCAGUACUACCAGAAGCCCCGCCUCCGUUUCUAUGACAUCAGCCUGGGCAGGGCCGCCGCUGGCGAGGUGUUGGCCGCCUUUGAGCUUAUUGAGCUGGACUACUCUGGGUUUGGAGAGCCCUGUCUCCCCAAAAGUGUGGACCCUCAGGAGCUGACCUACGAGGAGGACCAGAGAUAUUACAUCAUCCCAGAAGGAGUCCGACCUGUUCUGAAGACCUUCAGGAUUGAGGUGCUGUUCUGGGGUCUGCGGGAGUUAAAGCGGGUGGAGCUGUUUGAGGUGUCACGCCCCCUGGUGAGGAUGGAGUGUGCAGGGCGACAGCUGGAGUCUGAAGAGAUCGAGAACUUCAAGACUCACCCCAACUUCAAAGAGCUGGUCCGCUACAUCGAUGUGGAGCUGCCAGAGCAGACCUACCUCCACCCUCCUCUGACGUUAUUCGUGAUGGAGCAACGGGCAUUUGGCCGGUUCGCUCUGGUCGGGACCCAUGUGGUCCAGAGCCUCAUGGAUUACGCCCCACCAGAGCUUGGGGGGGAGCCAGAGGAGGAAGAAGAAGAGCCAAAACCAAAGGUGAGACGGAAUACGACGAAUAUCAAGCCUCUGACUUCAGUGAAGAGUAUCGGACUCAGCAACCUGUCAAUUAAGCAGUCAAAGAUUCCCAUCAACCCCAUCAAGCUGUUUAAAGCCCCUCUGAAGAAGAUGACGGUGAGUGUCGAGGAGCUAGAGGAGGAGCCCCCUGAGAAGGAAGAAUUGGACUGGUGGUCCAAAUACUACGCUUCCCUGGAAGAGCUGGAGAGAAAGGCUGCUGAGGAGCAGGAGGAGAUAGAGGAUCAAGCAGAGCCAGAUGGAGGGAAUCUGACUAUGGCCAACAUCGAAGAGGAGGACGAGGAAGUCGUGGUGGUGGAGAUUGAGCCUCCCAAACGCAAGAUGAUUGCCACACUAAAGCUGUACGGAGGUGAUCUCGAGUCAGAGUUCCGUCAGUUUCAGGACUGGCUGCAGGUCUUUCCGCUGUAUAAAGGCAGAGCAAGUGGUGAGGAUGAUGAGGAGGAUGAAGAGGAAAGGCUGAUGGGAAAAUACAAGGGCUCCUUCCUGGUUUACCCGAUUGAUCCAGGAGACGAAGAAGAGACAAAGUGUCAGAUCACCAAUGGGAUCCCCAAAAACUCAGCAAUCAAAGUCUUGGUCCGAGUCUAUAUCGUUAAGGCCAACAAUCUGUCUCCCACAGACCCAAAUGGUAAAGCCGACCCGUAUCUGGUUGUCCGAUUUGGACAGCAGAGUCAGGACACCAAAGAUCGUUAUAUCCCUAAACAGCUCAACCCCACGUUCGGAGAGGUUUUUGAAUUUACAGUGUCUUUCCCACUGGACACAGAGUUGGUUAUCAGAGUGAUGGACCAUGAUAUGGUGGGAUCUGAUGAUGUCAUCGGCGAGACACGGAUUGACCUGGAGAACCGGUUCUACAGCCGCCAUGGAGCCUGCUGCGGUCUGGCUCUUUACUAUGACACUGACGGUUAUAAUAUGUGGCGCGAUGCAAAGAAACCGUCAGCCAUCUUGGCUGAGCUCUGCAGGAAGAAUGGUAUCCAGUCUCCAGAGUACAGAACAACUGAGGUCAAAGUCCUCAACAAAAUCUUCAAGAUCCCACCUGAUGCAGUACCUGAAGCUUUGCUGAAGAAGAACCAGAGGUCUCCACAGGAGGAGGCAGAGAUGGAGGAGCACGCAGCCCUGAGCGUGCUGCAGCGCUGGGGGGAGAUGAACGAGUUCCUCCCUGGAGCUCUUCCUCUGGUCCCGGAGCACGUGGAGAUCCGGUCACUGGUGAAUCAGGACAAUCCUGGACUGCCACAGGGUUACCUUCAUAUGUGGGUGGACAUGUUCCCUACUGAUGUCCCGGCUCCGCCCCCUGUUGACAUCAAACCCCGGCAACCUGAGCAGUAUGAGCUGCGUGUGAUCAUUUGGAACACAGAUGACGUGUUUCUGGAUGAUGUCAACCCGUUCACCGGUGACCCGUCCUCCGACAUCUACGUUAAAGGCUGGAUAAAGGGACUGGAAGGAGACAAACAGGAGACUGAUGUCCACUUCAGCUCUCUGACUGGAGAGGGAAACUUCAACUGGAGAUUUGUGUUCCGCUUUGACUACCUUCCUACUGAGAAAGAGGUGGUUUAUAAGAAGAAGGAGUCAAUUUUCUCUCUGGAGGAAUCCGAGUUUCGACAGCCGGCUGUUCUGACGCUGCAGGUCUGGGAUUACGACCGCAUCUCUGCCAACGACUUCCUGGGCUCUAUAGAGUUACAUCUCGACGACAUGGUGCGACCGGCGAAGUCAUCCGGCAAAUGUACGAUUGAGAUGGCGAAGGAGCGAGCCAGCCCUCGAUUCUCCAUCUUUCGUGCCAAGAAGAUGAAGGGCUGGUGGCCGCUGACCCGCUUAAAGACGGCAGAGGACUUCGAGAGGGAGGAAAAGGAGAAGAAGCAGGCCAAGAAGAAGGGGAGCAAGAAGAAAAAGAAGAACGACAAGAGGGCCAAGAUGAAACAGGAGGACAUCCAGUACACCGACAACACCGGCAACACUUUCCUGCUAAUGGGAAAGGUUGAGGCGGAGCUUCAGCUGGUGACAUUAGAGCAGGCGGAGGGCAAUCCUGUGGGGCGGGCCCGCAAGGAGCCAGAGCCUCUGGACAAACCAAAUCGUCCAACCACCAGCUUCACCUGGUUCGUCAACCCGAUGAAGACCUUCAUCUUCCUCAUCUGGAAGAAGUUCAAGAAGUUUAUCAUCGCUCUGAUCAUCCUUGCCAUCCUCACACUCUUCCUCGCCCUCAUCGUCUACACUCUGCCGCAGCAAAUCUCCACCCUCAUUAUCAAAGGAUGAAGAAACCCUUGGGUAGUCUUCAUCGCCUUGUCCUGGAUGUCACAGACUGUCGCAGGUGUCUGAUCCUGAACUGAUUCACCUACAGCUGAUUGAAGUUAUAUUUAGCCUGAUUUCUAUGAACCAAUCAGUAAAUUGAAUGAUUUAACAUGGCAGCACUACGUUACCCAGCAUCCCCGUGUAUAUGAACCCAACCAGGGUCAUGGGAGCAAUAAUUUCAGCAUCUGUUUUCCAGUCAGGUUCAUACGUCGCCAGAGGAAAUCACUGACCACCUGCAGAUUUAACUCAUAUUUAUAUUGUGUAAAUUAAACAUUGUUACUGGACAGAUAAAUCAGCACCUUUCCUGAACAUGAACAUAACUCAUUUGUAUACAAGUGUAAUUUUUUUGAUUA